GUAGUGUAUUGCGGCUCAGUUCAAUUACCACCCUCUCACCACAACGAACAGGUUCCGGAAGGCGCGCCGGAGGUCUGCCAACCGACCAUCAGCUGGUGGGCGCGGCGCCGCUCAAUUAAUUGUCCAUUCGGUGGAGCAUAUAACAUCCCGCCAGCCUCAAUCAUCGCCGUCGAUAAGCUUCGCAUCAGUUCCUGUCUUCAGUCGAGCGCCAACGACCAGACCAGCUGGUAUCUCGGUCUCUGCGACACAUCAUACUACUACUAAGCCCCACCUCCCAUCCUUCAACCGGACACCCGACCAACGCGUGCCUGCGCCUGCUACAGUAGCAAGGAACGAAAGUCGAGAACACGAUACACAACAGACGCGGCCACGCCUAACUUACCACAUACAAUGGACUUCGCGCCCUAUCAGUCCUCUCCACCGGAGCACAGCCGCUCGCCCACGCAUAGCGCCGUCGCCUCCCCACGCACCUCCCUCGAAAACAACAACAACCGCCGCGGCGCAUAUUCUCCCGCCACGGGGCACCAUUACCAACAACGACAAUCCCAAUUCUCGCCCCCGCCAUUGCAGCACCCGCAGCCGCAGCGCGCGUGGUCCGGCGAAGGAGUCGGCAGGUACCAGAGUCCGUUGGCGCAUGCGGCGCAUCCAGACACUUCGGCAUGGGCAGAGCCAGGAACAUUGAACGGUGGCGGCGGCGGAGGGGGAGGAGGAGGUAUGGGGGAUUACUUCAGCUCGCUGGGCGCGAGGGAGGGGAUGGUGUCCGAAUUCGACACGAGCCUGGGGCUGAGGCUGGAUUACGAGGCAUGUUUAGCAUACCUGCUCCUGCCGCCUUUGGGGGCUCUCUUUCUUCUGAUUCUAGAGCGGAAGAGUGAUUAUGUCCGGUUCCAUGCGUGGCAGUCUGGCCUGCUCUUUACGGCGCUGUUUGUGGUGCACUUGCUGUUUUCAUGGUCAACCUUUCUGAGCUGGGUAUUCAUCCUGGGCGAUUUAGUUCUAAUAGCGUGGCUGGCGCUGAACGCGUACCGGGACGCGGAUACGUUGGACCGGUAUGAAGUACCGAUCGUCGGACCGAUAGCAAGCAGGAUCUUGGACGACGAAUGACGCUGGGUACAGGGCGGGCUUUUGCCGGAUUCGUACUUUCAGGGUUUUCAGGAGUUGGUGGCAUGUGCUGUACUAGAUAUCAAGUUUUGUAGUCAUGGUGCUUUUGUCACCAUGAACUUCUCAGGCGGUAGCGACGGGUACUUUGGAUGAGAGGAGCGUAAUCCACUCACAAUGCUCUGGCACGUACUCCCAUUUGGCAGUCCUACUAGUAGUAAAGCCUGUGCUCAUUCCAGUUAAGGUAGCUCUUACUGAGAGUGAAAGUGUAGAUUACAAAUUUACAAACGGUCACCGUAUCACAA